GGCUGCUUCCGCCGCCCUGGUGGAGUGGCGCCAUGCUGGGUCGGGGGGUGGGGUGGUGGUUGGAGGCGGUGGAGCAGGGGGCGCUGGAUGCGCUGCCGGCGAGGAGGAAAGUGGGCUUCCUGAACGCAUUCGAGGACCUGCUGUCGCACCUUGGUCACGCCGUGGAGCCCUUCCUGCCCACCCUGCUGGCCAUCACACUGAGGCUGCUGGUCACGGCAACUGCGGCGGUGGGGGCGGCGCCGGCGGGAAGCGAGGCAGCGGCGGGAGCAGCGGAGGAGGAGAAGGAGAAGGAGCCUGCUGCCGACAAGGAUGAAGACGAGGAUGAUGACGAGGAGGAUGAUGAGGAGGGUGCAGCUGCUGCCUCCCCCGCAGCAGCAGCGGUGGAGCGGCACCGGGAGGUGCGCACUGCCUCGCUGCGGCUGCUGGCGCAGGUGUGGCUGCGCUUCCCCGCCGCCCCCUCCGCCGACUACAACCGCGUGUGGCGGGUGUUCCUGCCGGCAGUGCAGCCGCUCAUCCCGCGGCUGCAGCUGGAGGCGGCCAGCAGCAAGGAGCCCCCGCUGCUGGAGUGCGUGUUGUCUCUGUCGCUCAG